AUGGAGCCCCAAAGCGCCCCCACUCCCCUUUGGCAUCGUGCCUUUGCCGUCUCGGGCUUCAAGGGCGGGAGUCCAAGGCAUCUGGCCAUCUACCAAGAUGCCUGGUGGGUGAGCAAGCUGGACCUGUUACGGGGAGUCCGUGAGAACUUAACGACCGAGCCGCCGGUCGCCAUCCACUACCACGAUGGAGAGGUGCUGUGCCGCUCGGGCAACACAGAUGUAUCCAGGCUGCGUGCCUGGCGCCCCGCGCGUGAGGUGCCAAAGGGCGUUGCUGAAUCCGCGUGCCGAGGCGUGCUGCAGGUGUUCUACCGCCACUCGCAGAGCUGUCCUUCCAGCUUUCCGCGCUGUAUGGACUUCUGGGCGGCCCUGGGCCGCAGGAGCUUGGCAGACCCGCUGACUCUGGCCGAAGGCCGUUCAGGCCGAGACUUGCGGCAGACGGUGCACCAGAAGCUUCUGGACAUGCACCGCGCUGACCUCCGCGCGCGAAACAUUUCUGAGGAAGAGAUUCAGCAAAUUGCGGAGCCCAUUGAGCUUGCCUACUCGGAUAAGUUCAAGGAGCUCUAG